AUAAAAGCUUGAAUUAUGAGUGAACUUCAACUUAGUUAAAAACUAAAUUAGAGAAUAUAAAAUGCGUGCUUGUUGGCUGCUUGUACUCUUUGGUUUUGUGGUUUUGGCCACAGUUUCUGCCAAUGAGGUCGAUAUUGAUGACCUGGAGGACUCUGAGGAGGAUAAAAGGAUUGCCGAUGGAAAAGAUAACCUAGAAGAUGAGGAUGAGGAAGAUGAUGAGGAUACAAAUGGACCCGAGUCCCAGGACGAGCUAGAUGAUUCCAAGUCCCUGGAUAAGGAUUCUCAGGAUGAUUCGCAGGACGAUGAUGAAGAAGAAAGUGACAAGAGCGAGGCAAAAGACCAGGAAGAUAUAUUUGAACAGCUGUUAACACUUUGAAAUAGACUUCAACGGAGAUACCCCCCUCUAAAAAGCAAAUGUUUUUAUAUUUUUUUUUAACAAAUAUAUAAAAUUCUGGAAAUAACCAUGAA